UUACAGAAACGAACAUUCAAUUUUGUACCGUUUCUGUAAUAAAAUUCUUUAAAAAAUCGUUCAUACAUUGUCAACUUGUGUAUUUUACUUUCGGUGUAUGAAUCGGUCACAUUUUGAAUGCAUUUAACUCCACCCACAGAAUAACUUUUGCAAUACGAUUCUCACCCUCAAAAUCAAGGAGGAACUCUUGUUCAGUGAUAUGCUGAUGCAAAGAAAAACCACUCUGUUUUCAUGCCAUAUCUAAUCUAAUAAUUCAUUAUGACGCUUGUAUUUUAUAAUUUAUAAAUAUUCUCAAAUCUAAAAAUAAUAACAAAAUACAUCAUCUCAAAAUUUAUUUUUGUUGUUGUUAAUAUUUUCACUAUUUCCAAAUUGAGGUUUUAAUUCUAAAUUCAACAUCAUUCCUUGACAACGACAAGAUUCUCAGUCUCUCAUUUUGGUUUUAUUUUAUUUUUCAUUAAAAUGUUUUCCAGAUUGCAUUCUUAUCUUCGAAGCAACAACUAAUAUUUCUAUAUAAAGAUGUCUUCAUCAUUAACAUUUCAGCAAUCGAUUCUUCGAGCUAUUGUUUCGAAGAUUUGCCAUGAUGUUGGAUGGCAUUCGGCUCAUACAUCUACAUUAAAUGUUCUAUCUGAUUUACUUAAUCAUUAUCUUCGACGUUUAUCAAUGUUGGCCAUUGAUGCCGCAAAUCUUGCUGGUCGUAAUGAACCGACAAUGGAUGAUAUGUUCAUGGCAUUCAAAUAUAUAGCUAUUGAUAUGAAUCAAUUAAAAGACUAUGUCUUGAAUGUGGAAUCAUCGCCACUUGAAUUUAGCCUGCCAGUUUAUUCAUUACCAAAUCGACCAAGCCGUAUAUUUGAUCAAUAUGAUCCUAAUGAAGAGCGGUCAGAAUAUUAUGACGAAUGGUUGCCAUCUUUGAAUUGUACCAAAUAUAUUGAGUCCGAUUCAAAUGAACAUACUAAAUCCAUGAUUUCAGCUGACGAAAACCCAAUUGAUUUAAAUUCUGAAAAAAAUGAUCUACAACAAAAUGAAGGCAAACUUUCUGAAACCCAGAAUCAAACAAUUUUGGAUAAAAACGAUAAUGAACAAAAAACCGAUAAAAUGGAGGAUGAAAUCGAAACAGAAACAGCUGAUGAUGAACAAAAAACCAAAUUAGUUUUCAAAUUUAGUUUGGGAAAAUCUUUGGAAGAAAAUCAAUCUAAUGCAAAUCAAGAAAAAUCCGCACAGAAUGGGACUGAUAAUAGUAACAAAAUUGCUUUAUUCCAAUCAGCUUCUGCUAAUGAUUUGGUUAAUCAUUUAAUGUCAUCGAAAGCUUAUUUACGAUUAUUAUCAAAUGCUAAUUCCGGUUCAUUGUUACCUAAUUUGGAAAAUCAAGAAACAAGGAAGAAAUUACGUUUUCCAGAUACUCAACGUUUACCCAAUAAUCAUAUAAGCCGCGAAAAUUCUCCUGAACCUGGUGAGCCUGAAAAUGCCGAUUUUUCAGCUAACAAUCCGUUAAAUGCUAUCAAUAAUAAUAUUGAUUUGGAUAUCAAUUUGAAAAAAUUGAAAAAGAUGCCCAUUACUAAAAAACCAAUCAAAAUAGGAUCAUUGGGUUUGGAAGAAUUCGGGGAAUCAGUUACACCUAGCAUCAAAGUGAAAGAAAUAAGAUCAAAUAAUAAAGAACGUGUUAAAAAAGAUGUCACCGAGAAAAUUUCUAGGCUGAAAAAGCCGAAAUUAGAUAAGCCAUUGAAUUUCAAAUUCACAAUUUCGAGUGAAGAUAAAAUUGUUGCUAGCCAGGAUAAUGAUAAUUUAAAAACAACCACUCCUGUCAAAAAACGGCAAUACAAACGUAAAGACAAACCAAUCAAAGAAAAUGUUGAACGAAAACCAAAAAAAGCUGCAGGCAGAAAAUCAGUUCAGAAACAAAAAGCAUCAAAUUCAACUGAUUUUGUUCCAUCUCCCCUUCAAAAUGCAUCUCUUGGUUCGAAUUUAUUUCCGCCUAAAAAUUCUAAAAACAUUUCAGACAAUUCAUUCAAUGAGAAUGAAGCAGCCGAAACAUUGGUUUCCAUUUUCGAAUCUAAAGACGUGAAAAAAGAAAAUGACGAUUCAUUAUCAUACAUCAGUGGCAUUGAACUUGAUAUGGAUGAUUCGAAUUCGAAACUUACAUCUACAUCGAAGAAAAGUUCUCGUCCCAAUACCAAUAAUAACAACAAGCGCAACAAAAGCGCUAAUCAAAGAUUCAAAUCGGCUGAAGUAAUCAAUAGUUCUGGUGAUUCCUCAAGUGAUGAUAAUAUGGAUGUUGAUAAAAUUCCUGUUUCAUUGCUUGUAAAUCAAUCCGAUAUCAAUGAAAGUUUGGAUAAUGAAAUUCCAACUAGUAAUCGUAAACGUCAUAAUUCUAAUUCUUCUUUAUCAUCAGUUUAUUCAAAUUCUUCAAAAUCAUCUAGGUCUACCGCUAUGAUCGAUACUGGUAUGGAUAUUGAUGAUAGUAAACUUCUGGGUAAAGCAUUCAAUGAGGAACAUCAUAUUAAAAGUAAAAAGCCUGGCGAAGAAAAAUCAAAAGAAUCAAGUAAACAUAAAAAGAAUAAGAAACAUUCUAAGAAUAAACAUCGUCAUGGUGAAGAAAAACAACAUAAAAAACAUAAAAAGAAUAGAGAUAAAGAACGAGAUAAAGAUGUCGCUAAAAUUAAAGAAAAAGAUUUCAAACCAAAAAUUAAUAUCAAGUUUGGUCAGGGACCCUCGGAUAGCAAUCAAGAUCCGAUCAAAUUGGAUACCUUAAAUCAAUCAGUCAACAAACAUAAAGUUUCAAUGAAAGAGUUUGAUGAAGCCAAAUUGGUCGAUUUCAAAGAAUCAAGUUUAAUUAUAAAUAAAAUUGAAAAGAAAUCUGCAACAAAAAGUAAAAAAGCCGAAACUGAGGAUAUACACAAUGAACUUGUAUUCAUCAAGGAUACUACAAUCAAAACUAAAGAAUCGAAAACAAAGAAAAAUCCUAUCAUCAGUGUCGCGACAUCUUUAUUUGCUAACGAUUCGAUUGUAAAUACACCAUCAAAUAACAAAGCUUCGAAAAGCAAGGACGUUUUGGUAAAAGAAGGUAAAAAGGUUAAAAAUAAAGAUUUAGAUCUGGCUAAAGGGAAUGAAGAAUUGCCAUUACCACCACCAUCAUCAUCAUCAUCAUUGAAGCAUAAGAAAGAAAAAAGUAUCAGAGAUUUAAAGAAGGAUAAAGAUUCACCACAUGUUAUUAGUAAAAAAGAUGAAAAUCAGGCCUGUACAGUGGUCAGUGAAACAAUCAACGUAACAUCAGAGACCAUUGAUAAUAAGCUUUGGAUUUGUCCUAUUUGUCUCAAACCAGAUGAUGGUACGCCAAUGAUUGGUUGUGAUACUUGUGAUCAAUGGCAUCAUUAUUAUUGUCUGGGAAUCCAACAUGAUCCAAAUCCUGGUGGUCCUUGGUUUUGCCCAAGAUGUUUUGAAAAACAAAAGAAAAAAUUAGAAAAAUUCCAAAAGAAACAGGAAAAACUUGCCAAGGCUAAAAAUGAAGAAGACUUUGUGACAAUUACCGUUACCACAAACAUUGAUGAAACAUCUAAACCAAAAAGACCGGUUGGUAGACCAAGAAAACAUCCGCCACUUAAUUUGUCCACUCCACAGGAUUCAGGCUUGACAAUUACGCCCAUCGAUCCGACACCAAGUUUAUCGACGACAUCAUCAUCCAUGAAAUAUGAUCAUAAUUUUAUAAAGGAACAACAAAGACAAUCUUAUCUUACAUCAAUGGAAAUGAUCAUGAAUCAAGCCGCAAGUGCUGGUGGUGAUGUUGGAAGUAUCAUUGAAAAACCAACACAGAAGAAAGAAAUCUGUCCCAAAUGUCAAAGUGUUGAAAAUUUAUCGGUAAAUAUGAUCGGAUGUGAUUCAUGUGAUCAAUGGUUUCAUUGGCCAUGUGUGGGUAUCAAUACUGCACCAAGCCCUGAUUCAUCUUGGUUUUGUGCCAAAUGUAUAAAGAAAAAAUCCAGCAAACGCUUAUGGACUGAACUAGAUUCUGGUUCUGAUAGUGAACAGCAAUCUUCAAAACAUCGUCGUAAAAUGCAUCAUCAUCAAAAACAAUUAUCAUCAUCUCGGGCAAAAUCACAUUUAGAAGAUCAAAUACAUGACGAUUCAAUUGUUGAAAUACAAACAGAUUCGAAACAAUCAAUAUGCGGUACAUGUAAACAACAUACUAAAAAUGAUUUGAAUGAAGAAUGGAUUGCCUGCGAUAUAUGUGAUGUAUGGUAUCAUUUUGUUUGUGAAAAUAUUAUCAAAGCACCAGAAAAAAAUGAACAUUGGUUCUGUAGACAUUGUAUUAAAAAGCAGCGAAACAUUGAGAAUCAAAUCCAUAGUAAAUCGAAAAGAAAAUUGUAAUUAAUAAUAAUAAUAAUAAUAAUUUUAUAUUAUAUAUGAUCAUAAAAAUUAAAGAUAAUCGUAUAUGUAAUUUGGAUUAGCGAUGCAAAUUUUUCGUAAUACAAUUUCUAUAAUAAUAA